UAGCUGUGCGCUCUUCCACCCAGCGUGCACUUGCCUCCCCCCUGCCUCCAGGUGCGGCACCACCUCCUCUCUCUUAAGGGUUUAAACUUGCCACUUCAAAGUUCGCCAUGGAUGAUAAUAUUGCUGCUCUCCUUGUUGACAAUGGUUCUGGAAUGUGCAAAGCUGGCUUUGCAGGAGACGAUGCCCCUAGGGCUGUCUUCCCUUCCAUUGUUAGGCGCCCCAGACAUCAGGGUGUGAUGGUGGGUAUGGGCCAGAAAGACAGCUAUGUGGGGGAUGAGGCCCAGAGCAAGAGAGGUAUUCUGACCCUGAAGUACCCCAUUGAACAUGGUAUUGUCACCAACUGGGAUGACAUGGAGAAGAUCUGCCAUCAUACUUUCUACAAUGAGCUCCGUGUGGCCCCUGAAGAGCACCCUGUGCUGCUUACACAAGCCCCCCUGAACCCCAAAGCCAACAGAGAAAAGAUGACUCAGAUUAUGUUUGAGACCUUCAACACCCCAGCCGUGUAUGUUGCCAUCCAGGCUGUGCUGUCCCUGUAUGCCUCUGGUCAUACCACUGGUAUUGUGAUGGACUCUGGUGAUGGUGUGACCCACACUGUGCCCAUCUAUGAAGGUUAUGCCCUUCCCCACGCCAUCCUCGGUCUGAUUCCGGCUGGCCGUGAUCUGACGGACUACCUCAGGAAGAUCCUGACUGAGAGGGGGUACAGUUUCACUACCACAGCUGAGAGGGAAAUCGUGCGUGACAUCAAGGAGAAGCUGUGUUAUGUCACCCUAGACUUUGAGCAGGAGAUGGCCACUGCUGCAUCUAGCUCCUCUCUGGAAAAGAGCUAUGAGCUUCCCGAUGGUCAGGUUAUCACCAUUGGCAAUGAGAGGUUCCGAUGCCCAGAAGCUCUCUUCCAGCCAUCUUUCUUAGGUAUGGAAUCCUGUGGAAUCCAUGAAACUACCUUCAACUCAAUCAAGAAGUGUGAUGUUGACAUCCGUAAGGAUUUGUAUGCCAAUACUGUAUUGUCUGGUGGUACCACCACGUACCCAGGCAUUGCUGACAGGAUGCAGAAGGAGAUUGCAGCCCUAGCUCCCAGCACGGUGAAAAUCAAGAUCAUUGCCCCACCUGCCCGUAAAUACUCUGUCUGGAUUGGAGGCUCCAUCCUGGCGUCUCUUUCUACCUUCCAGCAGAUGUGGAUCAGCAAGCAGCAGUAUGAUGAAUCUGGGCCUUCCACUGUCCACCGCAAAUGCUUCUAAAUGGACUGUUUGUGGUUUUUAUUUUUUUUUUUG